GUUACUAUAGCAACAAGUGGACGCCAGCAUUCCUCUGCAGCAAAGAAGGAGAGAACAUCAACGCUGAGUGAAAGAGUUCAUGGGAUUACCAAUAUUAUAUGCUGAACAGGCAGAAAAAUAAAAAACUGGACGUUGAAGAAAUUUGGCCAUUGACAGAAAACACGUAAACUGAACAAAAGAAGUAACACCAUAAAGGAAAAAUAAUUUCAAUAUAUCAAAUAAAAUGCAAAAAAUACAUUUGUUUUAUAAAGAAGCUUUUCAAGACACGUAAGCUCAAAACAUCUUCCCUGAUGACCAGUAGCAAAGACAUAUCUAAAACCAUUCAAGGAAUAGAUGCAAAGCGUGCCAAUUCAGUAUCAUCACGUAAAGCUAUCAGGCCAGAAACCGCUAUAUUAGUAAAAAGAUCAUCUGCAGGAAGCAUGUCACAAAGUCAGGCCAACCGACCAGUCAUCCCUCCUCGAAGACAGGGUUUUAAAGUGUGUUACAUCUGUGGAAGAGAAUUUGGUUCAAAAUCUAUUGCCAUACAUGAACCCAAAUGCUUAGAAAAAUGGCAUAUGGAGAAUCAAAAUCUGCCCAAGCAUCUCAGAAGACCAGCCCCAGUGAAACCUCAGGCGGCUGCACAUAGCUCCUCUAAUGAUGAGAAUGAAGCCGCUUGGCAAAGCUCUCAAGCACAACUUUUACCAUGUGGGAACUGUGGUCGUACCUUUCUUCCUGACAGACUUCUUGUGCACCAGAAAGGCUGUAAACCAAAAGACAAUAAUUUAGGUUCUGCCCAUUCCACAGUUAAUAAGACUGUAAUGCAUACCAGUUCAUUGACAGCAUCUAAUACAGCCAGUGGCUUUUCUGAUACUAAGAUUCCUGACAAUCCAACAAAACCAAAAACAUUAGUUUGUUACAUCUGCGGAAGGGAGUUUGGCACCAAAUCUCUCCCAAUCCAUGAACCAAAAUGCCUUGAGAAAUGGAAAAUAGAAAAUGAUAGGUUACCUAAAGGACAAAAGAGACCCGUUCCUCAGAAACCUCAGGUGGCUUUUUCUAAAGGGGUCAGCCAAAAAGAACAAAAUGAAGCAGCUCGGCAGAGCUUUAAGGAUCAGUUGCUGCCCUGUCCAAACUGUGGUAGAACUUUUGCAAGUGACCGACUUCAAGUCCACCAAAGAAGUUGCAAGGUUAAACCUUUAGAUUCCAGUGUCAGGAGCCCAGACAUGCUCAGUAACACAGCAAAGCUAAAACGCGAAGAUGCAGAAUUAAAAAACAAUAAGCCACCUGCUACAAAAGCCCCUCCAACAGUUGUAUGCUACAUCUGUGGCCGUGAGUUUGGCACAAAGUCUAUCGCUAUCCAUGAACCUCAAUGUCUAAAGAAGUGGCAUAUUGAAAAUGACAGAUUACCUAAGAAUCUGCAAAGACCCGAGCCCAAGAAGCCAGAGGUCAGAACAAUUGGAGCGAAAGGUUCCUACGAUCUUGUUGCUUUAAACGAAGCUGCCUGGCAUAGUGCCCAGAGCCAACUGGUCGCUUGUGAUAUUUGUGGACGCACCUUCCUGCCAGACAGACUCCUUGUCCACCAAAAGUCCUGUAAACCAAAAAAAACAAAGUAGUGCGAGUCCCAAUCCCGUCUAAUAAUAUAAUAUGGGACUUGUGGGAGUUGUAAAAUCUCUGCACAGUAAGUGUGCCUUCAGGAUAACACAUUAUAUUAUUCUAUUGGCAGUGACGUGAUUUCCAUUGGAUACCCUUUAUAUAGUGAGAUUCUAUGGUUUUGUGUAUAGCAAGAACAUGUUUGUGUGUGUUAAACUCAUUAUAAUUUUAAUAAAGAUAUCAUUUUCAUGUC